ACUGUUUGCUCUGCUAAAGAAAAAUAUUUAAAAACUUCCCCAGGACAUGUUGUGUUUGACAAGUUUAAUGACUAAUGAGGGUAAUGUGGAAUCCACAGACUAUUCAAUAUGUAGAAAAGAAGAUGCUUUAUGGGAUGAGUGGGUAAUGUGGUGUUUUAUGGGAGGAGUGGGUAAUGUGGUCCUUCUACUUCUUUCAUUGGUCUUUUUGUGUACCUAACAAAAAUACCAACCUUGAUUGCUGGCAUUCUCAGAGUUCCUUCUCCAUUUUGAGUGGGCAAGACCAAGGGUUGAUUCCCUUGAGAUAGUAAAUAUGUUGCACUUUUUCAAGAAAGAUUUAAAAAUGAUUUUGAGUUUAUGGCCACCGUCCCCUGGUAACUUUUUGUUGUGAUAAAUUUCCAUUUUCCUGGAGUAGAAUGAAUAGCUGCUUCAGGAGUUUAAUGUUGAGCACAUAAACAACCGUCGGAGCAAAAUGAAUACAACUGGAUCUUCAAUGGCAAGUACUAGGUUAAAGUUGUCUACCAGUACAUUUGGAGUAUUUUAUCAGGAUAAAGUUGGUGGUAUAUCUCCAGUCUUUUAAGGUGCCUGUUAGUCCACAUAUCUACAAUUUACGUAACUGGGAUUACCUGUCCGUUCGAAUAUGAGCUUCAUUCCUGAUUUGAAGCCUUGACCUUUGGAUAUCCUUUUCCUCAAAAGGCCAGAAAGUGUAGCGAAUUUUACCAUCAAUGUUUGCCUGAGAGGUGUCUCCCAAGAUAUUGAAAGUGGUCCAGGGUCUUGUCACACUACAACUGGGAAGAGAUGUUCUGCAGCGGGAAUAUAUUAUUAAAAAGCCUUUGGAGUUCUACGUUCAGUGCAAAGUACAUCCUUUCCCAUACUUCAGUGAGCUAAAUCUACGAUGACUUACAAGUACGUAUUGGUGGAGAACGUAACCGACAUUUAUGAAGAGAUUUGUGAUAAAAUAUGGGCGGGCGCAACGAUCCAGAGAUUUAAUUGCGAUUAUUGUGCUGAUAUUUUACAUACAUCACAACGCGAUUAAUGAAUUUGAAACCACUAAUAGUCGAGUCUCGGCAUCUCCACAGCAGAGUCGGCGGGACACGUCACUUCCUUCCUCCGCGAGCGGGCCGGGGAGCAGCUGUCAGCACGACUACUCUCGCGAUUUCUGGUUGCUCCAUUGCGCUGUGCGCGGUGUCUCUAUGGAAUUGGCGGCCUCCGGCAUGAUGGCGGAUUUCGAUGCGAUCUAUGAGGAAGAGGAGGAGGAUGAGGAGCGGGCUGUGGAGGAGCAGCUGCUGAAGUACGCGCCCGACCCAGUGGUGGUUCGGGGCUCGGGACACGUCACUGUGUUUGGUUUGAGCAACAAAUUUGAAUUUGAAUUUCCUUCGCCAUUAACAGGAAAGGUUGCGCCAGAGGAAUUCAAAGCCAGCAUUGGUCGCAUUAAUGGCUGUUUAAAGAAGAAUCUUCCUGUCAAUGUGCGAUGGCUACUCUGUGGCUGCUUGUGUUGUUGUUGUACUUUGGGCUGCAGCAUGUGGCCAGUAAUUUGUCUCAGUAAAAGAACACGAAGAUCGAUCGAGAAGUUAUUAGAAUGGGAAAACAAUAGGUUAUACCACAAGCUGUGCUUGCACUGGAGACUGAGUAAAAGGAAAUGUGAAACCAAUAACAUGAUGGAAUAUGUCAUCUUAAUAGAGUUUUUACCGAAGACACCAAUAUUUCGACCAGAUUAGAAUAAGAUUUUCUUUUUAGAGACGUGUCUUAGUGUGUUGUCCUUCCAAUGGUGCCUUGCAUGGUACUUCCUAGUGAAGAUUGUGAAAAAUCUGACACUUGUAACACCUGCUAUCCAGUUUUUCACUCCAUCUGCUCACUAGUCCGUCCAGAUAUUUUUGCUAACUUUUUAAUAACAGUUGCAUUCCAGACUUCCGAUCUGUUUCAUAUUGUGAUUCAUCGUAACUAACCUCCCCCCAAAAAAACUUUAAGAUUAUUAUUUUGCUCUUUUUAAUGAUUGUUGAUACAUACUUUCUUUUGUACACUCAACCAUUUUACAACAUUCACUAAAAUUAUGUAUGAAAAGAUUAUUAACAAAUUGAUUUUACUGAUAAUGCUUGUGAAUCAUCCCAGAAUUUUCAAUAGUAGAUUGAAAUUGUUAGCUGUAUUUAUUAGAAGCAAUACACUUCGUAUUAAAUUCUGUAUCUGAUACAUGUGGAACAAAUAGUAUUGUAGUGUUGUCCCACUAAAAAUUUAGUUUUAAUGUCCUUUAUUUCUGUCCAUGAAAUUUGAACUUGAAACCUACUGUGCACUUAUUCAGGAACAUAAACUCUUCUGCGAUAUCGAAGUCACAAAUAUGAAGAAGUCUGAGUGAAGAAGCAAUGUCAAAUGGCUCUGGCUACUUCCUAAACAUUUUAACACAAUCCAAAUGGAAAAGAAUACAUUGAAUUAAUAAUGUAGCAAAAAUAGAUGAAGGCUUUUGCAUGCAUUGUAAGGUCACUAGGAGCCAGGACCAUGGAAAAUGCAGCAGGUUUGCAAACAUAAAAUGAACAUUUUGUUCACUAACUGUCAUAUGUGAUGGCUUUAUGACUUCUGUUACUAUGUUUACUUUGUCCUGAACAAUUUAGGUUUACAUGUAGAUGUUUUGAUUUUUCCUGUUUAUAAUUAUAAAGUAGACUGUAUAUUCAACAGAUUCUUGGGUCAGGCCAAAUAGUUUUAUUCUGCACUCUGGAUUGUGGAACCUGUAAAUUAUAUUUGGAGAGGUGCUUUCAUUUUUGGCACUUCAUUGCAUAUUGGCAGAAAUUAUGGUGCAGAUUAUUUUUUUAGCAUUUUUAAUUAUUAGUUUUACUCUGACUUUUAGAAAGUCAAUUUAUUACUUUAAAAUAGGCCCUUGGUUUUGAAGGACCAGCUCUUAUUAAAUGUAAUAACUGAAACAUGAGGGAUGAUCUUUAAUAAAUUUCCAUGUCCUACUUAGUAUCCGUCUUGUUGCCAUUGAAAAAAUGUAUACAAUUAACUUUUUCUUGUUUUUGUGCCCAGCAUAUACUAGUGAAAUUCAAUUUGUAAUAUAUAAAAGUUAUAUAUAAUUUCCUGAUGUGUGAGAUUAUCCAGCGCAUGCUAUAAUUUCUGAAUUACUACAACAAAACACUUCUUUGCCUUGAUCAUUUUAGUCAAUGUGCAUUGCACAAAUCUGAAAUUGAGAUCAAAGGCACAGAUUGUGAAGUAAAUUCACCAAGUUGCUUCACACAUUAAUUUUGAAUAAAAAGUUUUUAUUCUGCUUUGAUAAAGGAGGAAAGAUAUGUUUAGUUUAAUCUGUCUAAAAGUUACCAUAACCUCAUAAACCAAACUCAGUGUUGAUACAACAUUGUUUGAUAGUUAAAUAUUUUCUGUGGUUAAAAGGCACAUUUAGUAUCUCCCAAGAAACACUACUGUAUAAUCAGUGGAUUAAUGGCAUAGUUUUCUAUAAUCAGUAACAUCUCUAUUGAAGUUUAUUUUGCCUACAGCAAUUUGCUGCCUAAUUUUCAGUCAGAUAAUACAUGUACAACUUGUCAUAUGUUCACUGUUUUUGUUGCAUUAGUUUCGAGUUGUGCUCAUUUACUUCAAAUUCUCUUGAAUGUUUCUGCAUGUGAUUCUCCUAGGGAAAACAUCUACAGAGGAAAAAAAAAGCAAUUUCUGCGGAUGGUUAAAUAAGAACUAGUUAUUUCUGAAAUAAAAGACUGACUUAAUGCUGUUAUAUUAAUUCUGCUAAUUUGAAUGUAAAUUUCUUGUGAUUUCAUCAAAGUUGUGGACAUCUUGUAAUGAACAUUCGUGAUGCUUGGAAGUUGAAUUUUGUUUGGCAGAUUUUUUAAAAAAUUGCAGCCUGAAGGUAGCUUCCUCACUCUAUAAAUGUAACUAUGAUGUGAAAGAAAUCGAUGGAUAUGGCUUGCUUUGCCUAUCUAGAUCCUGUUGCAUUCACCAGUUGUUGACGUGAAUGGUGUAAAGUCUGGACUGAUUUGUCACCAUCAUUGAAAGGAAUUCUAAGUCAAUGAGAGAUAAUGUGCUAAGUAUGAGACAGUUAUUUUUUCUAGUGCACCAAAAUCCAAUGCUAAGUUAAGAAUGAUUAGUUUUAUUUAAGCAUAAGAAAUGUAUUGUUACACCAACUCCAUACUAACUCUCCCCACCCCCCACCCCCCACCAUGCCUACAACUCUCUCAUAAACUUCAGGCAAUUUACAAUGUGAGGAGGGCGGAAACUGGAACACUCAGAAGAAAUCCAGGCUGUCAGACAAAUGCGCAAAUUCCAAACAGACAGCAUUGGAGCUCAGAAUUAAAUCAAGGAUGCUGGGGCUGAAAGUAGUAGUUCCUGUAGCCUUUAGGUGGUUCUUAAAGAGCUAAGAGCUAUUGGGAUUUUAAUUUGUUUGUCAGCUUUCUGUGGAGCUUUACUUGAAGCUGGAGUGUAUGGUCACUGCCUUUGUUCCUUCUGACGAGUGGUUGGCCAGCUUCCAAAGCACACAGCAGUCCAGGUUUCUGGGAGCUUGUAGACAACUGCUUGGUGGAAAGGACCAGGAAGUAAGCCUUGCCUGAGAUGUAUCCAAAAUGUUUGCAAAUGACUUCUGUAUUGAGACCACUUGCUUCAA